AUGUGCUCGAAUACUCGGUAAAGAAAGUGAAACAAGACCUUCCGGUGACGCUGUAGUUCUAAAAAUGGCGGACACGUGUGGCCAAGUAAUAUUGGGAUCCGGGCUUACUGUCUUAUCCCAUCCUUUGAUGUACAUUAAAGUGUUGGUUCAGGUAGGACACGAGCCACUCCCUCCUACACUGGGCAGAAACAUAUUUGGCAGACAGGUCUACCAGUUGCCUGGACUCUUUGCUUAUGCAAAACACAUCAUCAAGAUUGAUGGAAAAGCAGGUCUCUUCAAAGGGCUUGGUCCAAGGCUUUGCGCAGGGACCAUCGGCACUGUUGUGCAUAGUAAGGUCGUACAGAAAUGUCACGAACAAGGGACAUUUGAGAUUCUGGGAGGCCAACAGAAGGCUGUUGAUGGAGCCUUACAACAUGUUGUUAAUGAGACAACUAAAGAGAUGAUAGCUCGUUCCUUCGCCACCGUAGUCACGCAUCCAUUUCAUGUGAUUACUUUGCGAUGUAUGGUGCAGUUUAUUGGAAGAGAAACAAAAUACAGUGGAGUUUUUGAUUCCAUCGUCACCAUCUACAGAGAGGAAGGCAUGCUGGGCUUCUUUGCUGGAUUGAUCCCCCGUCUCCUUGGAGAUGUCUUCGCUCUAUGGAUUUGUAACCUACUGGCUCACUUCAUCAACACGUACGCCAUUGAUGAUUCGAUGAGCCACACAGGAGAAAUCAAGAACUGCUCUCAGGCUGUGACCGGGUUCUUUGCCAGCAUGCUCACAUACCCAUUUGUUUUGGUGUCAAACCUCAUGGCUGUCAAUAACUGUGGGCUCACUGGAGGACUACCCCCCUAUGCAUCAGUAUAUCCUACCUGGGUUCACUGCUGGAAACAUCUAAGCAGAGAGGGGAACAUGAGCAGAGGAAACAGUUUAUUCUUCCGGAAGCUUCCAGCAGGAAAGACAUAUGCAAUUGAUCAGAAAAGAUUUUAUUAAAGAAAAUGACGCAACAAUAGUGUGAGAAUGCAAAGCAAAACAACUAUGUCUCAUCUGAGGGAUUCCCUGUUCUUCAAUAAUUUGUGGAUGCACUUGUUCCUGUUUAUAACCUUAUGUGAAGUAAAAACAGAUCAUUUCCAAAUCAGUUUUUCAGAUUUAUAACAGUGACAUCAAAUACAAUGGAAUUUCCUUUAAUUGAUGGACCAAGUUAUUAAAAAAAAAAAUCUUGUUAUAACAAGUUGAACGGUCA